CAUGGCUUUCCCUGCUGGGGAGAUUGCACGUGGGGCGAUUUUUCCCGGGACCGGAAGGGAAGUGGGGAGAUAGACUGUGUUGUUGGUCGCUGUAAUUCCUAAAUGGCAGCUGAAAAAGAAGCGGUGAAGAACGAGCCGGCCUUGAGUGAUCCCGAAGAGGAAGAGGAGGAGGAUGAUGAAGUGGCUGCAAAGAAGCACCAGCAGCUGGUGGAGACACUCAGCACCUUGGCUGGAGGGAAGAGACCACGAGCGGCUGAGAGGACUGAGGCGAGCAGAUACAUCUCAGAAUAUGAUGUGGGUGGUGGAGGUGCUAAUGAGAAAGUGCUGCUUUCGGAGCUGCUGAAGCCUGUUUCCACAUCAUCAGCUCUUGGCUCCAUUCGGAAACAGCUGAGCAAAGUCCGACAGACAAAGGCUGUCCAACUCCCACUGAGCAAGGAGGAGAAUGAACGGGUGGUGAGAGAAGCAGCCUAUACCCAGACAUCCCAAGCCCUGGCUAAGUGGGAUCCAAUAGUGCGGCAAAACCGGAAUGCUGAGCAGCUGGUCUUUCCGCUGCAGCAAGAUUGUGUGACCGUUGCGCCCAUUGAAGAAGUGAUAAGCAAUUGGAAGCCCCGGACACCACUGGAGGAAGAGAUCUUCAACCUUCUCCACAAAACACAGCAGCCAGUGAAGGAUCCACUUCUGACUCCCCAUGAGAAGGCCUCACUGAAGGCCAUGAGCCUGGAAGAGGCUCAGCUGCGCAGGAUGGAACUCCAGAGGGCCCGGGCCUUGCAGUCCUACUAUGAAGCCAAGGCACGCCGUGAGCGGAAAAUCAAGAGCAAAAAGUUUCACAAAUUGCUUAGGAAAGGCAAGAGUAGUAAGGUGCUGCAGGAGUUUGAGAUGCUGCGGAAAUGCAACCCUGAAGCAGCCCUGGAGCAGCUGGAAAAGAUGGAGAGAGCCCGUAUUGAGGAGAGAAUGAGUUUGAAGCAUCAGAACAAAGGCCGGUGGGCCAAAUCUACAGUCAUCAUGGCAAAAUAUGACCUAGAGGCUAGGCAGGCCAUGCAAGAACAGCUGGCCCGGAACAAAGAAUUGACACAGAAAGCACAGCCAACAUCGGACAGCGAGGAAGAUGGCAAGGACUUGGAAGCAGAUGGAGGCCUUGUCCCCGAUGUCAUCAAUGAGGGGCAUGUUGGAGUGGAUCCAGACAAUCCCUGGAUGCUGGGCAAGGCCUCUGCAGAGUCUAAGGAAGAGCCCAGAGUUCCAGAAGACUCUGUAGGGGAUGGGAUGGAGGAAGAAGAACCGACCAUGUCCAAUGAGGAAGCUUUGUUGCAAGACUUUGCAGAACGCCGGCAGGGCCUGCGUUGUUUACAAGUCACUAGUGAGGCACAGGGUCUUGAUGGAGAAGAGGCUGCCCUCAUGCUGCCUGAUGUGCUCCCACCAGCACCCCCAAGCCCUGGGCCAGAGGAGCCCCUCCUAAGAGAGAAGUUAGAGCGGCUUCGUACCUUGGAAGAUAUGGAGGCCUUGGAGCCAGAGGAAGUUGUACAGAGAGAGCAGUCAGUGCAAUCAGAGGGUGCUGAACCUCUGCAACCAGUUCAGGCAGAGCUAUUGUCUCAAGCCGAUGGUGGCAGAACCGCAGCUGCCAAGAAGACAGGCAAGCGCCAGUCACUCAUCGACCUGAAGGCAGUCCUGGCUGAUACAUCCACUUCCAUGCAAUGUCCGCUUGUGCCCAGGGUGGUACAGGAUGAGCUGGAGUCAACAACAGACCAGCGACAGGUGAUCCGUGAGGCCUUUGCUAGUGACAAUGUCGUGGCCGACUUCGUGAAAGAGAAGCGUCGUGCGGAACAGGACGGCAAACCCAAAGCAGUCGACUUGGUGCUCCCAGGCUGGGGUGAAUGGGGCGGCACUGGCCUGCAGCCUAGCACUAAGAAGCGGAGACGAUUCCUUAUCAAACCAGCCCCUGGACCCCCAAGAAAAGAUCAGCACCUGCCCCACGUGAUCAUUAGUGAACAGCGAAAUAUUUCAGCUGCCGCUCAUCAGGUGAACCAGCUGCCAUUCCCCUUUGAAAGCAGCCAGCAGUUUGAACGUAGCAUCCAAGCACCUGUGGGCUCUACCUGGAACACCCAGCGUGCUUUUCAGCGGCUGACAGCCCCCCAAGUGAUCACCCUGCCAGGUCACAUCAUCCAACCCAUCAGUGCUGAGGAUGCCAAUCUGAUCCGUCAAACAGAUCAGGAAAAAGCAGCAGGACAGAAACCUGCCUUGGAUUUGAUUUCUCUUUCCAAAUGUCACGAUCGCCGCAGGGCCUCGAAGAAGAAAUCCUGGAAGCGCUGAGCUUACCUUACUCAGUCCCUUUCCCUUCUUCUUUCUGAGGAUCUUCCAUACCUAUGUUGCAGGGGUAAGCGGUGUUGCUGCCUGGGGCUGCCCACAAGGGAUCAGCAUCGGUUCUAUUCCCCUGGCCCCCUUCAAGUGGGAUGGUUUUGGCCUCUGCCUUUUUUUUUGUACGGGAACCAGCUCUGUUUCUGUCCUUUGGUUCAAUUCUUCCUUAAAUAACAAGGUUGUAAAGGAAGUAAAUAAUCUUACUUGGUGGUGACUUGGGCCUUGUGCAAAUCCUUCUUUUCCUGGUGAGCUGCUAUUGAAGGGUGCUAUUAACUGUUUGUAAUCAAUAAAAAACAUAACAUCUGUAUGGCAGCGUUCUCUUCCAUCUUAAAGGUGGAAACCAGGAGCCAGGAUCGAAAUGACCUCCCUGUAGCACAUUACCCUAGUGCUGACUACGAAAUUCAACUGCAAAAUUACCCAAGUGGUGCCAUCACCUUUGUGAAUUUCCACAGUAUCCCGUGCUAUGGGAAUUUCUGGCUACAAGGAAGCUUUUGAUGGCAUUCCCCCGAUACUCUGCCAAUGAUUCUUUCCAAGACUAAUGGCACAUCGAAAGAGCAUCAUAAAAAGAGGUAACAAGUGUGCAUGUAUUUAAAAUCUGCAGAGUCCCAGUCGUAUCACUACCUUGUAUUCGCUACUUUUUCUGCCCCAUCUAAACUUCCUGAAAAUCAUCUGAAGUCCUACCAAAAUGAAUGCCUGAUCGCUGUAUGAUAGGACCCUGAAAGAUAUUGCCAUGUUCUAAAUCUGCCAUUUCCAGAAGGGGGGAAAUUACCAUCAAAAUUACCUAGAGUAUGUUGCUGCUCCUAUGAAUUGCCAAUACUAAGACUACUGUUAAAGACUAAUAAAAGAGGUCUUGCCAUGA